AUGAAUGAUAAAAAAAUUAUUACUAAAGAUACUUUAGAAAACAAUCAUCGUUUAAACAUUAAUCUUCGUGAACGUUGUAGAAUGCAUGAUUUAAAUAGAGCAUUAGAUGAUUUAAGAAAUAUUAUUCCUUAUUCACAUCAAAAUUCAACUAGAAAACUUUCAAAAAUUGCUACUCUUAUUUUAGCUAAAAAUCAUAUAAUGAUGCAAAAUCAUACAAUUGAAGAGUUAAAAAAAAUAAUAGUUGAACAAAAUCAAAGUUUAUCAUUAAUGCAUACAAUACACACAAUUCUUUUAAGACAACAACCACAAGAAAAUAAUAAUGAUAAAUCACAAUAA